AUGCCCAUUCUUACCCUCCUCGGCUCCGGCGCCAUGAGCUACAAGGCCGGCGGGUCCGUUUGCACCGGCCGUAGCUCGCACGCGCGAGGUGGUCCGAUCCGAUCGAUCACGUUCACCCACCCCUCCUCCAAGCACAUCCUCCUGACACGAACCGUCGAACCCUCCGUGCAAGGUGGUUGGAGUUGCCAAUCUUUGGAGCAAAAUGCUGGGAAAGUUGAGAAUUCAAGUGAAGAAACUAGCGGGACGGGAACCGGCAGCAUGGACCGCGUCAAGACCGAGAACUUCUGCCGCGCCGUCGUGGAGGACAACACCGCUCUCCUCCUCUCGGCGGUGGGGAGCUUCAGGAAGGAGGCCCUGGGCCGAAUCCGCAAGGGCUCCGACGCCUCGAGGGCGCUGGACCAGGAGAUGUCCACGAGGCUGCUCCACCUCGCCUGCAAGCACGACGCGGUGGAGUGCGCGAGGCUGCUCCUCGAGGGGGGCAGCGGGAUCACGGCGGCCCCCGUCGACGCGAGGGACCAGAUGACGCGGACGCCGCUCCACGCCGCUGCUGAGACUCACUCGGCAAGUUGCAUCGAGCUGCUCCUCUCGAAGAAUGCUCGUACUGAUCUCAGGGUGGUUGAUGGGAGGCCCCUUCUCCCGCUUGAGAUCGCGCUAAUGAGCAGAAGAGUUCAAGCGAAUUGGUCACUGGACAACCCAAUCGAAGAUCUUCUAUCUUUUCUUCACGGAAGGGAUCUCAAGGCAGUAAGGCUCCUGGCAGAGAAAACCAUAGUGGUUGGGGAGGUUGCUUACAGGUAUGCCAUGGAGGGACGGGUUCCUGAAUUGGCAAUGCUGCUUCUGGUGGUUGAAGAGAAGAUAUCGACACUAGUGAGUGUGGUGAUAGAGGGUAUCAGAACAAAGAGAUCAAUUUACAACUCUAUCGUGGAUGAGGCUUUAUCAAUGGGAGAUGCUUCAGCUCGGGACGGCAAUGAAAUGAGAAAGGCCCUGCUCUGUGAGAUUCAGCUACUUAACCAAUUUGGGUCGGCAUCAUGGAGGGACCACGAUGACAGGAGAACAUUGCCCCCUCUACUUAGGGCUGCUAAGGUUGGAGAUAUGAAUGUCAUAAAGAUGCUUCUGAUGGGAAAUGUUGAUGUCAAUGAAGCUGACUCUGAAGGAAACACAGCACUUCACUGGUGCCUAAGUGGUAGUUCAAGCACACAGGAGCCAAGGAUUGUGUGGCUCCUGCUCAAGAAUGGUGCCAGAGUUUUCCAGGGGAACAAACUAGGGCUCACGCCAGUACACAGCGCUGCAGCUAAGGGCAAUUACAAGGCUCUUCAGUCACUUCUGCUUCAUGCACAAGAUUGUGUUGAUAUACCUUCCAAGACCAAAGAAACCCCAUUAUUCUUUGCAGUGAAGAAUGGUUCUACAGACUGUGUAAAACUCCUUUUGCGUUUUGGGGCUGAUACCAAAGCCCGGAACCUACGAAAGCAAAGACCAAUUGACGUGGCAACAUCCCAGGACAUGCGUUUCAUUCUUAGCUCUGCAAAUGUGGUACCAUGGAACCAUAACUCACCUCAAAAGAAUCACGUGAUGGAAAAGGAAAGGUGCAAAGAGCUUCUGAAUGAUGAUUAUGACAAUGAUGAUUAUUAUGAAAGCUGCACUGGACUUAAGACAUCUGUAUGCAAGCGUGAUUUUCGGUCCAGUAAUUGUUCUGCACAUGGGCCUAAGAGUAAGAACCAGUAUGUUCCAAAACAAGAUUCAAAGUUUGUGCCUCGGAAUAAUCAUUGGCCGAAGCAUGACUACACACGCAAAAUUUUUGUUGGGGGCCUCCCACCUUCUGUAGACUCUGAGUACCUUAUUGAAUUCUUCACUACUGAAUUUGGACCUGUGGAGGAAGCAGUAGUCAUCGGGAUACAGAUAGGCAACCGAGUGCAGUCCCGAGGCUUUGGCUUUGUAAAAUUUGAAAGAGAGGAGGAUGUGAUAAGUGCAAAGGAAGCUCAUCAUGUCUACAUGCUUGGGAAGAGAGUGGAGGUAAAGGAUGCUGUUGCUAGAGCAUCCUUGCAUUUAGAAGACCAAAAAGCUACUUCUUUGAGGCAAUACAUCAAGGAGUGCCCAAAGGUAACCCACAGUGUGGUGGAUGGUGAACUAACUGAGGAACACAACCGUCAGAAGCGGCAGCCAUUGCCAGAGAAGUGUCUUCCAUCUUGGUUCUUUGUAUUCAGGAGGUGGUUGCCAGGAUUUCUUAUGGAUGCUACUGAGCGACUUGGAGGAGAGAGGUAUCCAUUAAGUUCUCUGAAGGGUGAUUUCAGAGCAACUUGCAGGAUGGAGCUUGAUCAUACUGCACUUGGUUAUCCUAAGCUAAGCGACUUUAUGCACUCCCUCCCUGGCAUCUGCAGGAUGUGUAUAGUUCCUGUCGGAAGUGGGCCUGCAACGCACAUGGUCCUUCUGCCACCGCUCGCCCGACCGAAGUAUGUACCCUUGCUGGAGCCUUACUCCUUCGAUCAUGAUGAGCUCCCAAAAUCAGUGUCAGAUCAUCACUCCCCAAGAUCUCCACUUAACGCCAAUAUCACGGAGGACUCCCCUCAUAACACUGACAGCCAGCAGGGUGAUGCAUGCAGUGAGAGCAAUGUUCAGAGCCAGCAGGGCGAUGAGAGCAGCGGGAGCAAUGCAGAAAGCCAGCAGAAUGGAAGUUCCACUGACAAUGGUAGCUUACUGGAUGAUAUUCCUGUCAGUACCACAAAGCCCGGUUUGGUUGAGUCUGUAGCUACAAGAAAGCUUGAUUUGGUUGAGUCGGUGCCUACAAGAAAGUUUGAUUUAGUUGAGUCUGUAUCUACAAGAAAGCCUGAUUUGAUUGAGUCUCUACCUACAAGAAAGCCCGAUUUGAUUGUGUCUGGACCUCCUCAUCAAAAAAAUGAAUCCGGACCAAUACAAAAGCUUAAUCUGCUUGAGUCUGGACCUACAAGAAAGCUUGAGUUGAUUGAGUCCAGGCCUACAACAUGCUUCAUUGAUUAUCCGAUUGAAAGGCCAGCAGUAACUCCAAGCAGCCACGAGACUGAUAUGAGAUUCUCUUUCUUCCAGUCACAGUGGGACAAGUACCUGACUCCAUAUUCCAAGAGUGAAUCCUGCAUCAUCUGUCAAUCUUGCGAAGCCGCAAUGCAGCUCGUCCCGUGCCUUCAUAAGAUAUGUGUUGCCUGCAUGAUGAGGUGCAAUGUCAGGGCAUGCAUGACCUGUGGUACUGCUGGACUCAUGGAGCGCGUGUCAGAUCAAAGGUGCCAGUUGCUGGUUGUCUGCCGUGGAGCUGAGGCGAUUGUCAGAUGUUCCCCCUGUAUGCACACCAUCGCUUGCCGAGGAUGCCUCCUGGCCUCAGUGACGUUACUGAAGACCUGCACCACCUGUGGCUGCAUGAUUGAGCACUUCAAGUUUGCUUGA